UUUUUUGAUAAACAUGUUUCACGCGGGUCGCGGACAAGGAAAAUAGGGAAACAACGUGAAAAUAGUGUCGAAAACUUCGUUGAUAUAUUUAUAUUUUCGCAAAAAUAUCAUCACCAACAAAUACAAGAAAAUACUCAAAUAUAACACUGUGUCGCGAAACAACAGAUAUUUGGCGCUUAAUGUACAGUUCAUCCAUUGUAACUAGUGCGCGCGCGUGUGUAUUAGUGAAUACCAAAGUGCUGUAGCAAAAUAAAAAACAGCUGCGAAUUACACCAGAGGAAAACUUCACACUCUGAGCGCCCAGGAUCGGUAUCAAAUCAGCGAAAAUCUAAUAUUUUUCGGAAUACGUGUGUGCGCUUGUGUUUUUGUGUGUGAGGGGGCCCAAACAAUUUGCCGCUAAAUAAGCAGCUGAAAGACCAGCUGACACAACGAUCGAUAGCAGUACGUGUGUGUGUGUGAGCAAAGUGUAAAGAGUAGAAGCGAUAAGAGUGGAAACAGAAUAGCAACAACAACAAAGUGCAAGUACAGCAACAAAUAGUGCGACGAGAGUAGAGAGGCUGCAACAAAGUAAAUGCAACAAAAUAGCAACAAUAAAAACACGUGCUUCACCAGUGGCUAAGAGAAUUAUUGGGAGAAAAACGACAACGAAGAUUACUGUGCGAUUUGCGUCGCCCACAAUAAGCCAACACACGAUCAAACAUGUCUGGAGUACCGGUCGCCAUCAAAACGGAGGAAGUCAUACUAGAAAACGCCGAAUACAACAGCGCAGAGGAAUUGGAUGAGGAAUUACAAUUACAAUUAGAGGAUUCGGGCGGCGAGAACACCUAUCACAUUUACACCUCAGAGACGGAGCAUCAGACAAUAGGCUCCCAGCGACGCCAAUCGAAUAUGAGCGGCACAAACACAUCCAAAGGGGGAGGAGGCGGCGGCGGUUCUGGCGGUGGGGCCAUCAGUGAUGGUGAUGGAAAGCCCGUGGCAGACAGCGAGAAGAGGAUUCGGCGGGAGAUAGCCAACAGCAAUGAGAGGCGACGAAUGCAGAGCAUCAAUGCGGGCUUCCAGAGUCUGCGCUCUCUUCUGCCCCGCCACGAGGGCGAAAAGUUGAGCAAGGCUGCCAUCCUACAACAGACCUUCCAAUAUAUUGUCGAACUGGAGAACGGAAAGACGCAACUUCUCACACAAAACAGCGAACUGAAGCGACAGGUGGGCGAGCAUGAGGCAGGCGGCGGUUCGGGCGAAAGCGGUGGCAAUGCUGCCAGCGGCGUCAGCUAUGAAUCCAACAGCAACACAACGGCGGUGGCCAUUAAGAAGCGCAAGCUCACGGAUAAUGUCAUCAGCAUUCAGGCGAUUAGCGACAGCUCUGACGAGGGCUUGGGCUCCAUGUCCCCAGAGCCGAUGACAUUGCUGUCGGCAGGCGGUGCGGCAGUCACCAAAUUGAACAGCGCCAGCAUUAUUGCGGCCAAGGAGCUGCUCGAAAUGAAGAAACAGCUGGAGAAGGAGCGCAGCCUGCGUCGGCUGCUGGAGGAUGAGCUGCAGAUGAUCAAGCGGCAGCUGUACAGCGUGGCCACAGCGCCACCUGGCACAGCUGUGGCGGCUGUUAGCGGCGGCAGCGUCGGCGGCACCUACAUUCCACGUGAGGUCAUCGAGCAUACGGACAAUUUUGUGCGCAGCGAGGAUCUGGAGGAGCUGGGCACCGGCACCGUCUCGUAUGUGGAGAUCGACGAGUUGACCGGACAGCAGCAGGUGGUGGUGUGCUCCAGCAUUGAGGAGCUGGAGGCGGACGCCGGUACCGAAAUCAUCACAGAGGAUCACGUGCACGAGGAGGUCAUACUGUCGUCCAACAGCUCGACGGAGUCCGAGAAUGAGGUGAACGUGAAUGCCAUUGCCAAAGCCUAUGCCGAAGGAUGUACGCCGAGUGCGGCCAUGCUGCAGCCCAUACUGCAGGCGGCCAUCAAGGCCACGCCCAAGGUGGAGGUGGAGCGCAUCCACGAGAAGAUCGUCAAGGUGAAGACGGAGAAGCUCGAACAGCCGGUGCCAACGGUGCACUACCGCCAGAAUCUGGAGACAAUUGUCGAGGCCAUUCGGCACCUCGAGGGUGAUCAUCUCUUCUCCGACGGCAACAACGGAUCGGAGCAUAGGCAGUACAGCCAGCAGAAUCAUCACCACCAGAUCGUGACCACCAGCACGCACCACUCGGGCGUUGUGGGUGUCCACCAUCAGCAGCACCAUCAUCACAGGCUCGCCCAGGAUGCGCCACUCGCCCUCACCACCGGCAAGCAGCAUGCGGCGCUGGCGGAGCUGAGGCCCUUCCUUCAGAUCAAGGGCAACAACAAGGUCAUCAUUACGGCCAAGACGGCAAAGGAUGGUGGCGGUUUGGUCACCACCGGCAGCAGCGUGACGCCCACCGCCAUCUUCAAGGUGCAGAGCAGCGGGAGUGCGGGGAUUGGCGGCGGUAACCAUCAGGGAACAGCCACCAUUGUAAGCGGCAGCAGUAUGAGCGGCGGCAAUCAGCAGCUGACGAUCACCACGGCGCUGAAGCAGUGUCGCCCAGGCGUGAUUGUGGCCAAGCAGCUGCCAUCAUCCUGAUUGCCCAAUGAUGCGACCAAGACCAGCGCCCGACCAGGACCAGCACGAGCUAGUAUUAAAGGCGCUCGAACGGUGGCUUCCGCAACAACAACAACAGCAGCAGCAAAAGCAGCAGCAACAACAGCAAAAACAACCGCAACUAAUUUCAACAAGCAGAGACAUGCAGUAACAGUCGUCGGUAGGCCACCUCCACGUAACGGCAGCAACAGUAACGGUAAUCCAAACACUAACGGUAACAGAAAUGCAAAUGCAAGGGCGCUGAAAGACCCGUUACGUACCAGAGGCGGCACCACCGGCAUCACAGGCAGAAAAUACAUGUAAAAAUUAGUAAAAAAAAAACAAACUGAAACAAUUUUUGUAUUUUUGGAUUUUCAAACUAUUCUUUUCUUCUAAGAAAAAAAAAACAAAAAACUUUCCACAAAAUAGAAAUGCGAGUACAUAGC